UUCCCUCGACAUAGGUACAAUGUGUGAAGGACAUACUUUCUCUUACUUUCUCUCAGGUAGCUGUUCAUUUUUUCAGCGAAAUCAUCUUGACUUCAUAUUCUGUUGUCAAUGUCGACGCUGGCUACAAUGAAGUGGACAACUCCUGUGUGUUGCUGUUGUCGCGCUUGCACUGUUCAUCAACAAUGGAGUGUGUCAAAGAAUGUCACCAAGGCGGAAGAACCUGCACGACCUUGUUACCGUUGUUGACGGGUCCAAUAGUGCCGAUGCUGGCGUUUUUCUCAACCUGAAGGCGCUCCUAAUGAAGAUAUCAGAAGCUCUCGAGACGACGACAACAACAACAACAACAACAGCAGCAACGACAGUUACUUCCAAGUGUAGGGAGGUCGCCGGAAACAAGGCUCGUUACGACCUGUUCGUGAGUGGUCACGGUUGGGCGAGCAGACGUUGCCCUCGGAACCGAGUUCCGUCUCUUGCCCAGUGUGAUUGUGUAAAGCCCAGAGUCACUGUAUCUCCUGUGCCAGACGAGUCAAUGUAAACAGGGACAAUCUACAGGGAUAGGUCACUCGCUUGUUUUCUACCAUUUGUACUAAUUAGUGUAUGCCUCGUCAUGCACCAACGCACACAGGGACUUGAUUAGUUCCCAGGGGCAACUUCCGGUUGCGUUUAAUAGUACUUCAGCCAGUUUAUUACAUCAAUCGAAAACUAUCGGGAUACUUUUUGCAAAGCAUAAAGCUAUACUGUCAAUAUGAUCAUGCAUGUUUCCUUAAAUAUUUACACAGUUGUGUACAGUGUUAUCAUGAUACAUGUAUGAAUUGAUCUGUUACGUAAUUAAAAUGUCUCACCAUGUUUCAA